AUGCUCCGCAGGGCGCCUAUUCUAACCGCAGGGAAGAGAGGGAGUAGGUCGUGAUGGCGGCGCCGGAGCCGGAAGUGCUCUCCUCUGCUGCAGUCCCUGAUUUGGAGUGGUAUGAGAAGUCAGAAGAAACUCAAACCACCCAGAUAGAUCUACUUGAGACCACCUCUGCCCAGGAACUUUCCAACCCGUCGGAGUCCGUUUGCCCAAGAGACUGCUUGGUACCAGUGGUGUUUCCUGGGCCUGUAAGCCAGGAAGGCUGCUGUCGGUUUACUUGUGAACUUUUAAAACAUAUCAUGUACCAACGCCAGCAACUCCCUCUGCCCUAUGAACAGCUUAAGCACUUCUACCGAAAACCUUCUCCCCAGGCAGAGAAUGCAGUGAGGAAGAAACCUCGAGUCACGGCUGAGGCAAGCAGCAGGAAAUGCCAACAAGCACUGGCAGAACUGGAGAGUGUCCUCAGCCUAGAGGACCUCUUUGCCCGGACACUAGUACCACGAGUGCUGAUCCUCCUUGGUGGCAGUGCCCUAAGCCCCAAGGAGUUCUAUGAACUCGAUCUAUCCAGGCUGGUCCCCUUCAGCGUGCACCAGAGCCUGAGCACAGCAGCUUGUUUGCGCCGUCUCUUCCGAGCCAUUUUCAUGGCUGAUGCCUUUAAUGAGCUACAGGCUCCUCCGCUCAUGGGCACCAUUGUCAUGGCACAGGGACACCGUGACUGCGGAGAAGAUUGGUUUCGACCCAAGCUCAACUACCGAGUGCCUAGCCGGGGCCACAAACUCACUGUGACCCUGUCCUGUGGUGGCCCUUCCAUCCCAGCCAUGGAUUCAGAGGAUUACAUUUGGUUCCAGGCACCAGUGACGCUUAAGGGCUUCCACGAUUGAAUGAGGGUGUUUCUUAAUUGUAAAAACACAGUGGCUAAAUUAUCUUUCUCCCUGUGGCACCUAGUCACGCAUCUCUUGCUUGGACUGGAAUUGCUUCCUGGUGAGGAAAGAAGGCUCUGUCCUCCUGGCUGUAUGCCUCCCCUCAGGCUUCCUGGUCGGCUGAUGGGGUGUGGCUGUGUCUGUAAUCAUCAUCAUUGAGCAAUAUCUCCGAAUCAAAGGUUGAUUUUCCCAGAGGGUGCUGGGUCAGGUCUAUUUAGGGUUGGAAAGCAAAGAUGGGUCCAUAGAUAGAAUCUCCUAUGGAGGUGCCCCUUUUCUGCUUUUGCUCUGUUCUUUCAGAGUUUCUUCUGGGGUCAUAAGGUGGGUGUGACUCAUGAAUUUAAAUAUAAAAUGAAUAGAAUCAUAUUAAAAUUUCCUGAAACUUUUGACUUAAGGCCCAGAGUUGUUUUUUUCUCCUGGGUCUUGUCUGCUUCAGGGAUUCCAGGAUUUUUUACUAAUGGUUUUUUCUUUCAUCAGCCUCAGGCCAGUCUGGAAAGUUAAGUGACUUGACCAGGAUUCUAUAAGUAGUUUGAUAGCAGAGUUGGGAAAAGAAUCCUCAUCAGCCAGCUUAUAGCCCAGCAUUCUUUACUUGCCACAUAUAGAUCUUUGUGACCCUUAAAUUCUGUGUGGCCCAAAGCAGGAGUCCCCUUUGGUGUGGGCAAAAUACUGGUAAGGAACUUAGCUUACCAGUUCACUCAAUGAAAGUCCAGGGAUGUAGGGGAAUAAUUUAGCCCUUGUGAUUGAUCCUUAGUAAACUCUGAGCAGGUUUGCAGAAAGAGUGGUGAAGGGGAGGAGCUCCUAAUAAGACUUCUCACCCUCCGAGAGCAGGAGCCUACUGCCCUGUUCCUCAAAAUAUGGUCAUCUGGGCUGGGGUUUUAGCUCAGUGGUAGAGCAUUUAUCUGGCACCUGUGAGGCCCUGGGUUCGAUUCUCAGCACCACAUAUAAGUAAAUGAAUAAAAUAAAGGUCUAUCAACAUCUAAAAAAUAUUUUUUAAAAAUAUGGUGACCUGUAGUUUGAGGGUCACAGAUGCUGCUAGUGGUCAGUUAGGGCAGAGGACAGUUGGAGCCUGUUAAUCUUCAUUAUGUCAAUUGUUAAACACAUGCCAGGCUUGGGGAUCUGAGGCCUGGAGUAAGGCCCUCCAGCCCCUUGCAGCUGUUCUGGGCUCUGAAUGGUCCUGUAAACCUGGCCUAUUAUGCCCUUCAGAUCUGAGAAGCAAAUGUCAGGGGAAGGGGACUGAGAGACACAGAUCAAGAAAAGAAAAUUGAGGGUCUUUACAGAGCCCGGUUGAACUAGUGGCUUAGGCCCUCUGGAUUGCUCUGCAAUCCUGUGGGAUUCACUCUCUGUGGCCUUCUGGAGUUCUGCCCAGCACCUCUCCACUGCAGCUGUUUGAUGGCUGCUGGCAGUUGCUCUUGGCAAAACUCUGCCAUCCUGCCUGUGGCAGUUCCUCCUCAUCUACAUGUAAUUGGCCAUUGUGAUCCUUGCUGUUACCCUUUCUGGCUUCACCCUGUUCUGGCCACCAAGGGUUGCAGCUCAUUUUCUCAUAGGAAAUUGAGGAUAGAAUUCUCAUCCUGCUAGUGUUGGAGAUGGGUAUAGUGCAGCACUCCUGGGCAUGUGUAUAAAUGAGAACAACAGUACUUAAACUGCAAGGUUGUUAGGUUAGACAGUGUAUGUAAAGUGCUUUAAACAGUAUAUAGCAUAUACAGUCCCCUCCCCGAUAUUAAAAAAAAAAAAGGUUUAUUUAGCUCACAAUUUUAGAACCUGAAUGUUCAGCAUUUUGCAGGCUCUGGCAAGGUCUCCCUCCUGGGCUGUCAUUCAGAUUUGGUGAUUGCCAGGAUUAUGUGAAGAUUAUUUCUCAAUGAUUCCAUCUUUUUCUUUCUUUUUAAUAUUUUGAUUUUACUAAUUUUUUUGCAAUGCCAGGAAUCAAACUGACAGCCUUAGGCAAGUGCUCUACCACUGACCUACAACCCUCGUCCAGAUAAUAGCUUUUUAAAUUUUUGGUUUAAUUUUAUUUUUUUUUUAUUUUUUGUUGCUUUGUUGUCCAGGCUAGUCUUGAAUUCUGGGGCUUAAGUGAUCCUCUUGCCACAGCCUCCCAAGUGCUGGUACUACAGGUGUGUACCACCAUGCCCAGCUUGUUUUUUGAAGCAUUUAUUCCUCUAGACAUGGAAUUUCAAUUUAGCAUACUUCAGUAUGUCCCUCUACUACAACCACAAGGGAGACUUCUAUCUCUAAAACCCAAUACCUGCAAUAGCAGGCUUUUGGCCUCCAUGCCAGGACACAGCUCCAUUUGCCUGUGCAUUGUGUUUUAAGCAGUUGCAUAGGGCUAGGGUUGUAGCUCAGUGGUAGAAUGCUUGCCAAGCAUGCUUAAGGCCCUGGAUUUAAUCCCCAGUACCACAAGAAUAAAGUGCAAGAAUACAUUAUCUAAUCCAAAGAACCUUUCAAUGUAUGUUUUAUUGUCUCCAUUUUAUAGAUGAGGUCUGGGGAGCUUAAGUGAUAGAACAUGGCCUCAAAUCUGGUGCACCUUGCUGUAGAGGCCGGGUGCUGCACAUCCUGUUGAGUUCACUCUGAAAUAGCCAGAGUUUGCCCUUCCAAAGAUGUUAACAUUAGGAAGCUGCAGAACUCUCAUCUCUUCAGAUUCUGGUUCCUGACAUAUAGUCUGGCAUUAAUAGGUAAAUACAGAAUCAGUGAAAACAGAAUAUAUGAGCUCUUUUCUGUGCUUUGACCACUUGUAGCAUAUUCCACCAGCAGGAAUUUUUACUAUUUUUCAGUACUGAUAAUAUUACCUUAUAGAAAGGAAUUGAACCAAACCUCCCACUUAGGGAAAGGUGGAAAGUCUGACUAAGGGGAAUGGGGAGCUAUUGAAUAAGAGAUUAUAAAUUGUUUUGAUUUGGAAGACAUGUUAAGCCAAGUCAACUUUCUGAAAUGCUUAUUUUAAAAACCUUCAGUCAGGUGCUGUGGCACUUGCCCAUAAUCCCAGCAACUCUGGCAGCUGAGGCAGAAGAAUCGCAAGUUCAAAGUUAUUCUCAGCAAUUUAGUGA